AUGUCAAACGAUUGGGAUUCAGUUACUAUUAUUGGUUCAAAAGCCAGAGUUGGAGGCGGUGGCCCCAGAGAGAAUGUGGCAAAGACACAAUCACAGUUGAAUGCUGCUAGAAGACUGGGUUUAGUUGUGGGAACUGAAAAGAAAUAUGGAUCAGCAAACACCAAAUCAAACCCCGAGGGACAAAGAUUAACCAAACUAGAUGCCACUGAUGAUGUGGUGGCUGUAAAGAAGGUUGAUACCAGUGUCGGUAAGGCCAUUCAAAAAGCCAGACAGGAAAAGAAGUUUACGCAAAAAGACUUGGCUACUAAAGUCAACGAAAAGCCAAACGUCAUCAACGAUUACGAAGCUGGAAGAGCCAUCCCAAAUCAACAAGUCUUGGGUAAACUAGAAAGAGCAUUGGGUGUGAAGUUGAGAGGAAAGAAUAUUGGCGAGCCUUUGUUUGCAAAGAAAUCGUAA